GCUUCCGUCCUCCGAAAGAUCAACAUUAACAUUUUCAUUUCCUCUUCUUUAUGUCAACAGUUUUUCUGAUAAAAAGAGGAAAUAACUACUUGGGAUCAAACGGGUGUUAUUAUGUUUUGGUGGGUGUUUCUUUUUCUUCACCGCCCGCCUGUAGUUUUGCCUCCCUGGUUUAAGCGGAACGGGUUGGCCGGGUUUUAUUCGGUGGUUUUGUUUGCCUUUGAUAUUUGCCAUUAAACGGCUGCUGAACUUGGGCCGUACUUGUCUUGUGUGCAAGUUACAAUGGCUUUAAGUGAUCAACUUUAUUGUGAAAUAUGAAGAUGCGUUUUGAAUUAUUUCAAUACGUCUCUGCAUGUCAUGUCGAAGAAAACAUAAGAUCUGAAGGUGCGUUUGAUUUGAAAUCUGGAUAUUUGACCACUAUGGUGUAAAUUUUUCAGGAAAUGAGAAUUGAAGAUUGGGCUGCUAACCAAGUUUUAGUUGAAGAUAGCUUUGUUUGUUGUUUUAAGAGGUUGUGAAAGAUUGAAGAUAUAGUGUUGAAAAUGGACUGAAGAAGCUGGCAGUCUGGUUUUGAAUGCAAUGUUAAAGGCAUUAGCUACUGGGCUGUUGAUUUUUUCACUCCUUGUAUCAGUAUCCGUGGCCGACAACGGCUUCCCAAGAUGUAAUUGUGAUGACGAAGGAAGUUUAUGGAGCAUUGAAAGCAUCCUUGAGUGCCAAAAAGUGAGUGAUUUCUUGAUUGCUGUUGCCUAUUUUUCAAUCCCGAUUGAGCUGCUUUACUUUGUUAGCUGUUCAAAUAUACCGUUCAAAUGGGUCCUCUUCCAGUUCAUUGCCUUCAUUGUUCUAUGUGGAAUGACUCAUCUGCUCAAUGGCUGGACCUAUGGACCUCACCCGUUUCAGUUAAUGUUGGCCCUCACUGUGUUCAAGAUCCUCACUGCCUUGGUCUCAUGUGCCACAGCUAUAACUCUCAUUACUCUUAUUCCACUGCUUCUCAAAGUGAAAGUAAGAGAAUUCAUGUUGAAGAAAAAGGCUUGGGAUCUCGGCCGAGAAGUUGGGAUUAUUAUGAAACAGAAAGAGACUGGAUUGCAUGUUCGUAUGCUCACACAAGAGAUUCGCAAAUCUCUUGAUAGGCAUAUGAUCCUGGACACAACUUUAGUGGAGUUAUCCAAUACUCUGGGUCUGCAGAAUUGUGCAGUAUGGAUGCCUAAUGAGAUUAAAACAGAGAUGAAUUUGACCCAUGAGUUGAAAUGUAGGAACUACUCGGAUUUAUGUAAUUGUUCUAUACCAAUUACUGAUCCAGAUGUUGCGAGGAUUAAGGGUAGUGAUGAGGUGAAUAUUCUUGAACCCAGCUCAGCACUUGCCACAGCAAGUAGUGUAGAAUCUGGUGAGCCAGGUCCCGUAGCUGCAAUUAGAAUGCCAAUGCUUCGGGUUUCAAAUUUUAAAGGGGGAACUCCAGAGCUAGUCCAAGCAUGUUAUGCAAUAUUGGUUUUGGUUCUUCCAAGUAGUCAACCCAGAAUUUGGACCAAUCAAGAAUUAGAGAUAGUUAAGGUGGUCGCAGAUCAAGUGGCUGUAGCACUCUCUCAUGCUGCAGUACUUGAAGAGUCCCAGCUCAUGAGGGAGCAAUUGGAGGAGCAAAAUCGAGCUUUACAACAAGCACAAAAAGAUGCUAUGAUGGCAAGCCUGGCUAGAAAUUCAUUUCAGAAGGUAAUGAAUGAUGGGAUGAAGAGGCCAAUGCAUUCAAUUCUAGGCUUGCUUUCGAUUAUGCAGGAUGGAGAUAUGAAUAAUGACCAAAAGAUGAUUGUCAAUACAAUGAUGAAGACCAGCAAUGUCCUUUCGACUUUGAUAAAUGAUGUGAUGGACAUUUCAACAAAGGAUAGUGGAAGGUUUCCAUUUGACAUUAAAUCCUUCAGCUUGCAUACCAUGAUAAAAGAAGUGGCUUGCCUUGCCAGGUGCUUGUGUAUUUAUAGGGGCUUUGGGUUUUCAAUUGAGGUUGAGAGGUCCUUACCUGAUAAUGUUAUGGGUGACGAAAGGAGAGUUUUUCAGGUGAUUUUGCAUAUGGUUGGGAACCUAUUGAAUGGCAACAAUAGAGGAGGGUCUGUAAUGCUUCGAGUUAUCUCAGAGAGUGGGAGUCAGGAGAGGAAUGAUCAAAGAUGGGCAACCUGGAGGCAAACCUCAGCUGAUGGGGAUGUAUAUAUCAGAUUUGAAAUCGAGAUGCACAAUGCUGGUUCUCAAACAGAGUGCUCUACCUCAGUGGGACAGUUUGGUGGUAGAAAAAGUGCCAGUGAAGGAAUUGAGGACCGCUUGAGCUUCAGCAUUUGCAAAAAGUUAGUUCAGUUUAUGCAAGGGAACAUCUGGGCUGUCCCAGAUUCUCAUGGUUUUACACAAAGCAUGGGGCUUGUUCUUCGGUUUCAACUACAAUCUUCCAUUGUUAUUGCAAUGGAUGGUGAAUCUUCAGAGCUCUCACAAUCCAAUUCGCUUUUAAGAGGCUUGCAGGUUUUAUUAGUAGAUGGUGAUGAUGUGAAUAGAGUUGUGACCCGGAAGCUGCUUGAGAAGUUAGGUUGCAAUGUAUCUGCUAUUUCAUCUGGGUUUGAAUGCCUCAGUGCCAUCAGCCCAGCAACAUCUUCAUUCCAAAUUGUCAUUUUGGAUCUUCAGAUGCCUGAGUUGGAUGGGUUUGAAGUUGCAGUGAGAAUUCGGAAAUUCCGGAGUCGUAGUUGGCCAUUGAUUGUGGCCAUGACAACAAGUACUGACGAUAAUGUGUGGGACAGAUGCAUGCAGGUUGGCAUGAAUGGUGUCAUUCGAAAACCAGUUCUACUGCAAGGAAUCGCCAACGAGCUUCGAAGAGCCCUGCUGCAUGCAAACAAACUGUAAAUUACCGAAUAUUCAGGUGAUGAAUCUCAAUGAAAUAAUCCGACAACACCAUUUUGUCUCCCAAUUAUCCCCCACCAAGUUCCUAGCAUAGAAAUGUUACAUAUAUUCACAAUCAAAUGGUAUACAAGUUAGCACCUUUUCUCUUUAA